UCGCGGGCGUCCAGCGGAAGCUGCGGGAGAACCCCGCCCUCCUCAACGACAAGAGACCACGGCAUAACCCCAAUCCACGGAUGACCUGAAUUGAAUACACAAGAGUCAGACCUAAGAAACGAGAUCGAACACAUCGGAGACCUGAAUUGAAUCCACAUCGGAGACCUGAAUUGAAUCCUCGCAUGAUCUGCUCGUUUUCUGCCAGCAUUAUAAGCCCGUUUUCUGACUCCAUUGGUCGCUAACUUGAUCUCUAAAGCAGGUUGCCAUAACCUCGAGUCUGGGUGAGAUCCGCCGGCCACAGCUGAGGACGCGUGAAGAUAGAGGCGAUGUGCUGCAGAUUGGUGGCCACGUUCUGGAGCCGGAGGGGAACGGACACGCUCAGGCGACCGGGGGAAGAAGGCGGCGUCGGGGAUGGGGCUUGCUGGCCCGGCGGCGCGGGCUGCCACUUGAGAGGAAGUCAGGAAUUCAUGAAGCUCCCCCUCUCCUAUGAUCCGCACCCGGCGCCCUACCCGUCGUUGUACGAGUUCAACCAGAUGCUCUCGGUCCCCUCUGUCCACAGGGCUGGCGCCCCCGGUCCUCUGCUCCGCACCCAGAUCGAACGCCACUCGGCCACACAACAAAUUGCAGCUAAAGACUUGUGCGAAAAUCUUUUAUCUACUUCUAUGGAACUGCAAAUUGUUCAUCCGGACUGAACCGAAUCCAGUGGCAAAGAUAUACUGCAGAGCAGGUCUAAUCAACGGAGACUACUUCCAGUUGAUUGAGGAAAAUGAGGUGGUCUUUUUCAUUUGUCUUUGUUAGUAGUGAAUUGAAUAUAAAGCUACACUUAUAUAAACUGAAAUCCAAUUCGUUUGUAUUCUAACUUAUCUCUACUAUAUUAAAAAAAAUGGCUAGAGGUGGUGGGAUGGUUGGUACGUCCGUAGCAAUCCCGCCGUGUUAUCUCCGGCCAUCCAACUGCAGGCCGCGACCUGCAGUGACGUCGAGACCCUCCUCACGGCUGGGUAUUCGUUCCAUCCAACAGCUGUAUAGGUUGCCACAAUUGGUCGUUCGACUACAGCUUCAUCGCACACUACCUCUCCUCCUCGAACCUUAAUUGACUAUGCUUUCUGCUCU